UAAUAUAAUUCAAAAUUAAUUUCAACCAGUUCUGCCAACUUUGCGGGUCGUGCGGUUGGCAACACUGGAAGCGAAAUGGCGUUUAGUUUUGAGGUUAAAAAUUCAAAAAGUUGUUUUACGCGUUAAAAUGAGCGAUACAGAGGAAAAUACACAAGAAAACGAUGAAAAAGUUGAAAACAAACGACCGCACAGCGAAAGCGACUCGGAUACCAACGAUUUCGUGGGCCCUUCUCCAGAAUUAGCGGCCCCUCCAAAAAAGAAGAAGAUUUUGCCCCAUGAAAGGUUGUAUUUGGAUCACAUACCGUGUGCGGAAGCUUACGAGAGGAGUUACAUGCAUAGAGAUACAAUUACAAAUUGUUUGGUAACCGCUACAGAUUUUAUAAUAACUGCCAGUAAUGAUGGUCAUAUAAAGUUCUGGAAGAAAGUGGAGACGGGUAUUGAGUUUGUAAAACACUUUAGAAGUCAUUUGGGGCCAAUAUCUAAGAUUGCGUGCAGUAAUGAGGGUACUCUGCUUUGCUCGGCAUCUUUGGAUAAAUCGUUGAAAAUCUUUGACGUGGUUAAUUUUGAUAUGAUUAAUAUGAUGAGGUUGGAUUAUAUUCCGCAUACCGUGGAGUGGGUGCACAAUUCCGGCGAUCCAAUACACUCCAUAGCAGUGGCGGAUUUAAAUAGCCCCAAAAUAUAUAUUUACGAUGGUAGGGGUAGCAAUGAACCAUUAAAAGUUUUGGAUAAAGUGCACAUGAAGCCUGUGACUUUGAUCAAGUUUAACUCUAAGUAUGAUGUUGCUUUAUCAGUGGAUAGAUCAGGAAUGUUGGAAUACUGGACUAGUAUCAAACAGGACUGCAUUUUCCCGAAAAAUGUAUUUUUUGAUUCCAAACUUGACACGGAUUUGUUUGAAUUCGCGAAAAACAAAACCCUGCCCACAGGUCUCAGUUUUUCUCCUGACGGAAAAAGAUUUGCCGUUAUAUCUUUGGACAGAAGGGUUAGGGUUUUUAAUUUUCUUACUGGAAAGUUGAUAAGAGUUUUGGACGAAUCUUUGCCCAGGUUCACUGAGCUCCAACAUAAAACUCAACAGCUACCAAACAUGGAGUUCGGUCGUAGAAUGGCUGUGGAAAGGGAUCUGGAAAAAUCGGAGGCUUUCCACAAUGCCAACAUAGUUUUUGACGACAGCGGUCAUUUUAUUAUGUACGCUUCCCUGUUGGGAAUUAAGUUGGUCAACCUGUAUACCAACAAGUGCGUGAGGAUUAUAGGGAAGAACGAGAAUUUGAGGGUCUUAAAUAUUGCACUUUAUCAAGGUUCCGCGAAAAAAUCCAAGGCCGCCGUGACGCUGGAGAUAGAGGCGUCGAACAAUCCGACUCUUGAGUCGAUCCAACCGGACCCGACUCUAGUUUGCACCGCGUACAAAAAAUCGCGCUUCUACUUAUUUAGCAGGCGCGAACCGGACGAGAUCCAAGGCGAUCAGGAUCGAGAUAUAUUCAACGAGAAACCCUCUAAGGAAGACACCUUCGCAGCCACUGAUAAUCCCGCUGUUCAGCGGCUGUACGAGAACGCAGUCGUUCACACGGUUUUUGGAGACGUUCACUUAAAAUUGUUUGUGAAGGACGCCCCCAAGACGGUGGAAAAUUUCUGCGUUCACAGCAAGAACGGCUACUUCAACGGGCACAUUUUCCACAGAGUGAUCAAAGGCUUCAUGAUCCAAACGGGGGAUCCCACAGGGAACGGUACGGGGGGCGAGAGCAUAUGGGGCGGGGAGUUCGAGGACGAGAUAAAGGCCCACUUGAGACACGACAGGCCUUACACGGUUUCCAUGGCCAACGCUGGCCCCAAUACGAACGGAAGUCAGUUUUUUAUAACCUUGACCCCUACCCCUUGGCUGGAUAACAAGCACACCAUCUUCGGUAGGGUGGUCAAAGGCAUGGAGGUGGUUCAAAAUAUUAGUAAUGUCAAGACUAACGCUAAAACGGAUAAGCCUUUUGAUGAUAUAAGGAUUAUAUCUAUUACUGUUAAGUAGAAUUUAAUUUAUAAAUAAAG